AUGCUGAAGACAGUCCUACUUCUGGACGGCAGUGAGGCGAUGGACAGCUCCGCCGAUUACCUGCCCACGCGGCUGCUGGCGCUGCGUCCUCAGCUGGGCAGGUUUGUCCACACUUACCUCGACGCCAACCCGCUGGCCUCGUUGGGGGUCGUCGUGAUGCGGGACGGGGUGGCGCACCGCCUUAACCCCUGCACCACCAACGCCUCGGACAUCCUCCAGGCGUUGGAGGUAAAGUACUUCCUCUUUGGCGGGUCUGGGGCGAUGUCGCUGGAGAACGGGCUUCGCCUGGCCCUCUCGGAGCUCGUGGACCUCAAGCGCAUUGCCAGGCGUGUGCGACAGACCGACCCCGACAGCGGCGGCAAAGAGGCGCGAGAGGAGCCCGCGGCGCGGCUGCGAAUCCUUCUCGUCUCCUCCUCCGUCACCAUCAUCGACCCCCAUGACGUGUUUGGGGUGAUUAAAAUGUUGGCAAAACUUCGCGUGCGUGUAGACGUGAUUUCGUUUUGUGGCGCCGUGCACGUGUUUGAGGCGGCGGCGACGGCCACCGGUGGGUCGCUCUACACCCCCAUGAAUUACGACCAUCUCACCGAGGUGCUGGGGCGGCUUGCGGCCCCAGACAAAUCGCACGUUUGCCAAGAAGAGAAGCCGACGCUGAUUCCGGUUGGAUUCCCGUGCUACGUUGAGCGCAAGGAACCGCAGGAGGGCGGCGGCGGCGGCGACUACGGCGGAGUCACAAAGUACCUUGCAUGCCCGCAGUGUGGGCUGAUGCAGACGUCCAUUCCGUCCACCUGCCCGCUCUGCAAGUUGCUGCUCUGCAGUGCCCCACUGCUGCACACCACCUUCCUUGCACACAAUGAACUUUGUGCGGCUUCCAGCAACGCGGGCGAUGCAAUGGAGGAGGCACGCAAAUUCAACGGCGAUGCUUCUGCCUGGCGAUGCUCGCUGUGUCAACGUGGAAUGCUGGACAACGACGGAAAGACACUUGCUUUGCAAUGCAACUCCUGCCGUUGCAUGCGUUGUGCUCGGUGUGAAGCAUUUGUUCGGGAGAGCAUCGGUCUUUGCCCAACCUGCAUUGCCGCUCCACUAUAA